CACAGACAUGUGUAUAAUCAUGAUGUGUUGUAAGGUAACGUGUAGCUGUCUAUAUGUAUAGUAAUAACAUGUUAAGUGACCAAGAAUUCUGUGCCAAAAUUUCUAGGAUUAGAUAAAUAGAAUUAGCUAAAUAAGAAAUCAUGGCAUCAAGAAGAGGGCCUAUGGCUCUUGGUACGGACGGUACUGAUUUUGCACAUCGUCAACGUAUUGCUCAACAAUAUCAAAUUAGUGCCCUUAAUAAAUCAAGACUUAAAUAUUGUAUAUUUUUUCAUUAUUUACUAUUUUUUGCUAUGCUAGCAAAAUUAUCGGCUGAUAUUCUGGAUCGUUUGGAUAUAUUUAUAUUGGAAAUAGAAGAAUUAGAAAUACCUCAGCCUCUUUGGUGGGAAUAUAUUUGGUGUAUCAGUUUAUUAGUAUCAUUUUUGGGUUUGGCCGCAAUUAGGAAAAAUCGUAUUAAAUUUAUGCAACGAUAUGUGAUUUGCAUUUUGUUAUUUGGUAUUUGCCCAUUAUUGUACGCAUUCAUCUAUUAUUUACCAGAUUCCUACGAAUAUUUAUUUGGAGAAGAUUGGGAUGAAAUUGUUUUCUGGCAGGGCUAUCCAUAUGGAAUGCUUUGGUAUGCUUUUAUACUAUUAGCAAUACAAGUCCAUUUAUUCUCAUUGUACUUUGCGUGGAAUUUGAUAACGGCUUGGAAAUCACGUGGUGCUAAGAAAGUGGAAUAAGCAAAAAAAACAAAUAAAAAAUUAAAAAAAAUACAUUUAAAAAA